AUGGCCCUGUGCCUGCCGGCGGGCCUGGCAGCACGCCGCCUGCACAAGUGGCUGCAGCAGCUGGAGGCGGCGCCGGCGGACGAGGCCAGCGAGCCGCUGCUGGGCCUGCACCGCCCCUCCACAAGGGGCACCGCCAACCCGCCGCGCUCACCAACCCCGCUCAGCGUCAGCCCAGCCACCAGCGUGGCCACCACCCUGGACGGUGCUCCGCCGAGCGAGCUGCGGCUUCCAGUGCCAAGCGGCAGCUCACGGCCCGGGGCCACCAAGCGGGCGCUGAUGCUGCGCGGCUCGGAAAUCGUGUUCACGGCCGCCAUCAGCUGGCUGUGGCUGCGCCGCCGCCUCAACCGCUGGCACCUGGCCGGCAUCGCGCUGUGCACGGCUGGCAUCACGACGGUGGGGGCUGCCAGCCUGCUGCAGGAGCCAGACUCCACCAACGCGUCUGCCGCCACCUCGCUCCGCACCACGUUGCUGGGCAUGGCCCUGGUGGUGGCAGCAGAAGUGGUGCAGGCGGCCCAAGUCGUCACCGAGGACUUCUUCCUGAGCAGCAGCCUGAACCUGGCGCCGCUGACGGUGGUGGGGGUGGAGGGCGUGUGGGGCACGCUCCUCAUGUUUUGUAUUGUGCUGCCAGCGGUGCAAUACCUGCCGGGCAGGGAUGGGGGCGGCAUACACGAGGACAGCGGGGACUCCCUGCACAUGCUGGCUCACAGCUGGCAGCUGCGUGCCGUGGUGGCCUGCUCCAUUGUUGGCAUGGGCGUGUACAACGUGGCGGGGCCGCACCAGGGGGCACAGCUGGGCGAGCCCUGGACCGCUCACAGCUGGCUGCAGGCCGUAGGCUUUGCCAUCCUGGUCGUCGGCACCCUGGUGUACGGCCAUGGCGAGGAGGUGCACGAGCGGCGGCUGCAUGCCAAGCUGCGCUGGGCGCGCCUGCGGGAGUCGGUAGCAGCCCUCGUGACGGCGCACGAGGCGCGGCACCCCAUGAAGGCGCUGCGCAUCGCCGGGCCAGCCUCCAUCCGCACCGCCUUCCUGGAGCGCCAGGUGAUUUACCGGCUGACGGAGCGCCUCGCAACCCGUGCCGACGCCUCGCCCGCUUGAGCCAGCACGCCGCGCCUGGGCAGCACCACUGCUGGGGACAUAAGAAGUGGGGCGGACGAGCUUUAGUUGCACGGCACAGCAUCGAAGGGAUCCCCCUCAAAAUUAUGUCAUGAUGCACUGAAUCAAAUUUAAAUGGACAGCCAGUGGAAAAGAAAGGCGCGGGGCGGCGGCCAUGUCGGGCUGCUGGCAGCUUCGACAUGGUGGUUCCAAUCGCCGGGAGCAAGGGCCGGCCCCAAUCAAAUCGAUGGGGUCGCGUCCUGGAUCGGGUUGCACCGGGUAAUGCAUCAUAGCCUCCAUAGGAAGAAGAGGCACCCUAUUGGUAAGUGGAAGGUUGAUCAAACCAAGCUGUAUGUCAGGAUGUAUGUCAGGCUGCUGCAUAGUGCAAAAGAUGAUCACCAGGAUCUAAAGACUGCUGCCAGGGUCAUGAAAUGUGGCGGCAGCAUGAGCUGCACAAGAGAUGUCCAGGUCUGGACACUGCGACAGGGUGAUGAAAUGUGGUUGCAGCACGAGCAGGGUGUCAAAUGGGGUGCAAGGGUUAACAAGUUUCAAGACCAGGAGGAGUGAAGCUUCGCAAGGAUACAUCAAUGCUAUCCGAGCUUGGCGCCCAGCCAUGUGGACGCGGCAGCUGCACC